CAAAAUCGUGACUCUAUUACAAUUUAUAUUAUCUUUGAGCCUUUAUUCCUUUAAAAAGUCUGCUUAAUCUCACAUUUUGCAAUUUUAUUCUUUUUUGAUGUAUGUAUUAUUACAUUAUAUUUCUUCUGCAAAUUGGAGAAUUAUACAUUUAUUGCAAUCGCAGUGAUAUAAGAUUUAAUUCAAAUUCUUUUUAUUAAAAAAAGUAUAAACUUUCCGCAUGUGAUUUUCCAAACAGUAACUGUAAAGAUGCUGACAUAUCUUUUUGAAUAUAUAGUAUGUGUGUGAUGUGUGUGUCUGUGUGUGAUGUGUAUAUAUCCAUAUUGAUUAAGAUUAUGCUAGCUCAUACAGAGACAGCAUUUUUGAUUUGAUAUUACGUUGAUCAUCGUUGGAACACAAUUAUAAAACCACUGAAUAAAGAGUGAGAGAAAAGAGUUAUUAGAAUAAAGAGUUACUCUUUAUUCUCUUUGCAAAGUGCAUAAAUGUGAAAUUGCUAAAGUGAUAGAUUUUUGGACUCUUUUACUCGCCAAUUAUUUUAUUUAUUCAAUUCUAGUUGGAAGAAGAUAUAUAAAUGGAGGAGAAAAGAGAAGUCCCAUCGUCAUUAAGGACACUGUUAGCGGUUGAUGCUUAUUUAACAAAUGCUUUGGUUAAUUGGGCACAGCAAUUUUCAGUUUUAAGGCAACUAAAAACACAUCAUACAGUUUUAAAGAUAUCAUGUCAUAGUGUAGUGUGGCUGUCAACUAUUCUCGUAUCAAUUUGGACCUUCACCAAUUCAAAUUUUUAUCAGAUGCAAGUCAAUCUUUCAAUUGGUUUAUUACUAGAUAUUAUUUUAAUUGCUGUAUUGAAAGCAAUAACGAGAAGGAGACGACCUACAACUGAUGGCAAUCUUUCUCACGAUAAAGAUUCUUUUCCAUCUGGAAAUGCGGCACGUGUGGCAUUUAUUACAUAUUUUUUUCUCAACAUAUGGCCUGUUCCUCUAAUAUGUGUGCUGCCAUUGUUAGCUUGGUCCUUUUCUAUAUGCAUGUCUAAGCUUCUGAGGAGAGAACAUUAUAUAGUCGAUAUUUUCGCAGGAAUAGCUCUAGGUAUUUUCGAAGGUAUGUUAAUAGGAUAUAUAUAUUUGGAACGAGAGACCUGUACCAGUUUAGUUUCGUGGAUUACUGAUGAGAAAACAUCUGGUGCAGAAUAUGAUGUUUAACAAUAUUGUUAUUUUCUAUAUUUUAGAUAGUAUUUUUAUAUUAUAUUAUAUCAUAUUAUAUCAGUUAAGUUCGUGUGAUGAAUGUUUGACUAAUUAAACAUAAUUUUAUCAAAAUAAUUUAUGAUACAUGUAAUAUAUAAACGAACAAAAGUUUGAUAGAGUUGAAAAGAAACUAGUUUAGAAGAAAUAUUUUACAUUCAAUAUUUUUUAUAAUAUAGAAAAGGUGCUUUGUAGAAGAUAAACGAGUAUUCAUCCUUAUCCAUUUAUUUUCUUCUCUUACUCCAAAACAAGACACAUAUACCUCUCAUUUUUCAUGCAUUUGUUAUUCUAAAUGUCUCCUUUUUUUAUAAGCAUGUUGUAUAUAGAUCUCUCUAUGGGUUAUAUAAAAUUCUUGUGUAAUUGAAACGACAGAUAUAAGUAUCCAAUGUUUUCCAAGCUUAUUGUAUCCUUGCAUAUCAAUAAUUACAUUACAUUACAUUAUACAUUCAUGUAAGAGUAACAAUUUGGAAGUUACAAUAUACUAACAAUGAUGGCCCAGCGAAUAUUUUAUUGACAUAUUGGAUCAUAUUGAUGACUAGUUGAUGAUAUUGCUCCAUUUCUUUAACUGUAGUCCUUAUAAUCUCUGUAGAAUGUUCCUUUAUUUGGAUUAUACAUCCUGAAAUAUUAAUGUAAAUGCCUUUACACACACUACGCAUGAUAUAAUGUGUGUUAUGGUACAAUUUCAUGUGAACAGUCUUCAAUUGAUAGAUAAUGUGAAUUUUUGCUAAUGUACCUGUGUGCGCUGUGGCCCUAAUUUCUCUUCUUUCUACUUGCAUGUAGUACAUAUUUACUUAUACAUAGUAUGUACUUAUAUGUGUGUGCCAAUUCUAAUAUCUAUCGAUACAAUAUCUAAUUUUAUCAUGCGUUCUUCUAAGGUGUUUUAUACGAAUCUGAAGACGUAUACACGCAUACACAAGCGAUUGUUUCUACAUAUGUGUGUGUGUUUAUAUGUAUGUAUGUAUGCAUUAUGUGUGUGCGCAUAUACAUAUUUUUUGUAGUGAAUAUCAAUCAAUCCUCAAAUUCGAAGCGAAAUACUGCAUGUUUUUUUCUUCCCCGUUAAAUAUAAAUAAAUAAAUAAAUAAAUAAUCGACAUUAAUUAUGUCUCACAUUGAGGUACAGCGUUAGAUAGAAAAGAAAACAGAAUGCUAAGUUUCACUAAAAAAAUAACAUGUCCAUUUUUUGCGAGUUCUGAGACAUCCUGCAUAACAAGAUUUCAACAAUACAAAAUUUUUCGACCCGCUUCUCAUUUUCUCUAAUUUUCUUUACAUUGAAAUAUUCUUUACCAUUUUAUCACAUAUUAAAAUUAUAUCAUUAAAUAUAUAAAUGUGAAUAUCUGAUAUAAAUAGAUCAUUAUAUAUGAAGAAUAAAGUUGCGACAUAAAUCUUUGACAAA